CUACCAACAAUUUUUGAUUCAACUAUCACAGAAAAAAUACAAAUUCAAAAAAGUCCAAUGUCAACACAAUUAAAUAGACUAAACUCAUGGAGGGACUUUCAACCAAAAUUAGAUAAAAAUGAAG